GUCUCACGGCAGCAUCGCGAAUCGAUUCUUCGCAAAACGGCCAUGUUUAAUUUAAGCUAAGCGAUUCGCGCGAGACAAUCCAAUGCGGAACGCAAUCGCGACGCCGUACGAGUACUAAUACGAGACGCGGUUUGGGAUGCGUUCGUGGAAACGGAGGCCCUCGCGUAAGAUGUACAUUCGCGGCGCGAUGCGAAUCCGACGACUGCAAGUGUGACAACAACAACAAAUCGAGUCUAGAAUCGACAUUUUUUUUCUAAACCAGACGCGUGGAAUCGAGUGUAGGAAUCGAACGUCAAUAAUUUGAAUCGAUUAUUCGUGAGGGCGGGAAAGCAUGGAGCGGCUUCCCGGCGGCGGGGGUCGCACCCUGGAGGAAUUGGAGCGGCCCCGGGGACCGCGCAGGGCGGCCCCCCCGCCGCCGCUGAGGCCGGGCCCCGGAGGCCUCGUGUUCACGGGGUGCGGCGAGCGCGUGUUCGUGCACGGGGCGGCCGGGGGCAGGCAGGCAAUCCUGUGCUUUCCGCGCCCCGUGCUGGACGUGCAGCCGGAGAUGGAGUGCGGGCGGCUGCUGGUGCUGUGCCACGGCGGCGCCGUCUUCGCGCUCGCCGCGGAUUCCAGUGGCGACGGCUGGAGGGACCGUGACGUGACCGAGAGGGACGCGAUACUGGUGGCCCCGGGGGCCGUGACUCUUCUGCCGCUGCCCAGCGCCGGCGCGACUCUCCUCGCCACGCUGGGCGGCUCGGCACCCUGGGACGUGCGCUGGUGGCGGCUGCCCGAUGCAGGCGCCGAGAGCUCGUGUCGGAGCGAGCAGCUGGGGCGGGUCACUCUGCCUCCCUGCCGCACUGUGGAGGGCGCUACUUGGCCGCGAGCUGGAUUUGCGGCGGCCACCCCAUGCCCCCUGCCCGUCCUCGUGAGCGUUGGGGCCACGAGCCGGUCGGUCUCUGCGGCGCCAGCGACCCCCAGCUCAAUACAGCUGCAGCCAGCGCUCUUCCAGCUGCUGCUGGGAGUGGACGCUGCCAUGCUGGCGCUCUCUGCGCUGCUGUGUGGCCUGCCGGACGGGCGGCUCUACGCCAUUCCCACGCCGGGCCCAGGCAACGCCACUUCCUCCUCCAUCUCAGAGCCACGCCCGCUCAGGGCCCGCCCCAUCCUUCUGCACGACCUGCAGCAGCCGGUGGUGCUGGUGGCCUCGGCACUGGUGCCCCGAGCAGACGGCGCCGCCAGCCGGGAGGGGCACAACUGCCUGGUGGUGGUGGGGGCGGAGGGGGAGGUGGUGACGGUGAUGCGGGACGAUGAGCCGAGUGGCGCCGGCGCCCCCUCCGUGCGAGAGCUGCACGUGCCGGGCCCCGUCCUGGCGGCCUGCUGCCACGGCGCCCGGCUGCUCUACAGCUCUCCUCGCGGGGUUUUCUCCGUGCACCUUGUGGCGGUGGCGACAGCGGCGAUGAAGGAGGAGGAGGAUGUCUCGGGGGGCGCCCCGCCGCCAAUGCCGGCGCCCGUGAAGCUGUACGACUGCUGCGCGCUGGCGCUGUGUUGCAUACCCCGACACGGAGACGGUGCCGAGGGGUGCGCAGUAGCUGUGACGGCGCAGUGGCGACUGGUCUCGUUCGAUUUGCCGUCCGGCUCCACGGGCAAGACUUCCCGACGCACCCCGGCCUCUCGUCCCGGCCACACCGCCCGGGACCUCCUCUCUGCCAUUAGCGGCGUCUCCGACCGGGUUCGUCUCGUGAGCGAGGCCCUGCGCCGUCAAGACUCCGACCUCCGGUGGCUGCAUCUCUGCUCGGACGUCUGCUGCCGUUUGUCAGCGCGGGUCGGCACCACCGGGCAGCUUCGGGGAAACCAAGACCACCCCGUCGAGCUCCGGGUGUCCACGCUGUGGACGCAGUCGCUCUCCGAGGAGCGGCCCGGCUUGCGCUGCGAGCUGCUCGCCGGCGCACGGGGCGGGCUGCGGGGACCAUGGACUCUGUGCGUCGAGGUGAGCGGCGCCGUCCGCCGCUUGCCCGCGGCGGGACAAGCCCCGGCGCUCGAUCGCGCCUGCGCCGCCCACUCCUUCCCCGUGGAGGCGCUGUCUCCGGGAGGGCGCGUCGAGGUGGCGGUGCCGCUGAGCUGCGACGGCGCGCCGUUCGAGCUGCUGCCGGUUCCUGUGGUGGUGCGCUGCUUCCUGCACGGCGGCCUCCCCGGAAACUCGCGGCGGAAACCACCGGAAUGCGACAGCGGCCGCACCGUCGGUUCGGCGCAAGAGAGUCACAGCCCCAGCGGGGUCACCCUGCUCAUCGGUGUCACGGUGGUUGACGCCCUGAGCUGCCUGCGCCCGGCGCCGCACGGCGAGCUGCGUGAUGGCGAGGUGCCGGCAGAGUCGGCAGGGGAGGGGAACGGCAGAGGCGCGGCGCCAACAAUCCUGGCGGUGCGCGUUGCCGAAGCCACGGCGAACAGAAUCCUUGGGCCUGCUGCAUCAGGGGACGCCGCUGGGCCGUGUCGCGCGCUGCUCGCGUGGCUGCUGUCCGAGAGCCCGGCCCUGCCCUGCCCCGAGCCGCUCCUCCCCGGGCCUCCUGGGGGCCGCGCUGCCCCCGUUGCGGCAUACGGCGUCACCGUCGACGGCCACCCUGUGCGCCUCGCCGUCGCCCAGGUAGAGGUAAAUUUUGUACCAGUCCUGGAGGUCAGCAUUACCUGCCCUUCCCUGGCCUCGCUCUGUGCUCUGCACCUGGCGGUCACCAGCCGCCUGCAGGGCAGUGAGUGUGUGGGCAGCGCCAGGCAGGAGGCGGGGUCGUCCUGUGGAGGAGGUGCGGCCCAGCUCAUGGUGGAAGCCUAUCCUCGCCUGCAGGCGCUGCUGGCGGAGGUCCAGGCCCUGCAGGAAGCCCCCAGCGGAGCGCUCCACGGGGAAGGUGGCGAGAGCCGGGAGCUGCAGCUCUACUUGCAGCUGAGGGCCGCUCGCGUGCCGCUGCUGCUCUGAGGGACCUUUACCCCUCGCUCACCGCGACGUCCUCGCUCCGACUUGCCGGUCACCGCUACGUCCUCGCUCUGACUCGCCGCUCACCGCGACGCCCUUGGUCCGACUCGCCGCUCUAAGCAGAAGGCUGCCGAGUUUUAAUCCCUUUCAUCGCAUGCCAAUUUUCAAAGCGCGUGGGUCCUCACAGCUGCUCGUAAUCAUUCCCACGUCUGAUAUUUGGCAGUUGCGCCGUUCUGAUAGCGCAAGGCUGACGGAAGCUUGAGAGGAGUGCUCAACACAUGGAACUAGCCUCGAAAACCGCAUUUAGAUGAAAAUAAAAUCACACUGCUUCAUUAAGAAUUAAAUUAAAGAUAUUAAGACGCAAUUUAGGAUUUCAAAAUCAGUAUGCGGUGAAAGGGUGUAAAUGCCGGUAGCCUCACACGCUGAAAUCCGCGGCGUCAGCAAGAACGACACUGCCUCCGUCAACAUUUUCACCGCUGCUUUGCUUCAGACUUGUAAACGUGCAAGUGCCUUGAUUAAAUACGCCCUCGGUAUUUUAUAGAAA